AUGGCGAUGCUGCGCGGCAUGGGCGCGCAGGCUAGGCGCACCCGGCUUGGGUUCGGCCGGAAGGACUCGACUCUGUCUGCGAGCAUGGGCGUGGCACAGCUCGGGCACAGGCGCGGCACUGCAUGGAUGCAGGCGUGGCACUGCUUGCAGGCACAGAUGAGAUUGCUUAGGCAGGGCACAGCUCAGUGCAGGGGCACGUGUGCAGGAGCCAUGCGUGCAGAAAGCGGAGGAGUGCGCAUGAAAAUAGCGGAGUCCAGCUGCGGCACGGUGCGGGCGACGUGCACAGGAGACGAAUCCUUGAAAAAGCUGCGACAUGUGGUCUCGGUGAGGAGCUAUGUCAAAGAAUUCAGCUCGUUGAUGCUGGACAUCAGCAACAUGUCGGACGAGGACAGGCUAUUUAAUUUCCUGUCCGGCUUGCAACCAUGGGCGCAGAUGGAACUCCGGAGGCAAGGCAUGAAAGACUUGCCCUCGGCCAUGGCUGCAGCAGAUGGCUUGGUUGAUUUUCGCAUCAGUCGGCCGGUAGAGGGUGCAGAAGGGACUAGCAAGCCCAAGUCCAAAGGUAGGAAGCCAGCUGCCCAGAAGAAAUCCAAAGGCCGAGAGGAUGGCCAAAGUGUUGGCAAGGCUAGCGCACAAGAGAAAGGUAAAACCAGUACUUUCUCUGGUUGUUUUAUAUGUAGUGGACCGCACAGGGCAAAGGACUGCCCGAAGAUGGAAAGACUCAAUGCCGUGGUAGAGGAGGGUGGCCGAGGUGAUGAAGCCAGCCCCUCACACGUCAAUCCACUCCAACUCAUCAAUGCCAUGCGAAUGGAGAGGAGCAUACCAUCCGGCCUGAUGUACAUGAAGGUCAGGCUGGGCGGAAAGGAGAUGUUGGCCAUGGCGGACACAGGCGCAACACACAACUUCAUGACCGAGCGGAUUGCGCAUGUGCUCGGACUGAAGGUGACCAAGAGCAGCAGCAAGAUCAAAGCUGUGAACUCUGCGGCUCGUGAUGUUGCUGGGAUAGCUGCUGGCGUCCAGGUAUCCCUUGGGUCUUGGACUGGUAUUCUCGGUUUUACCAUUGUUACAUUGGAUGAUUUUGAUAUCAUCCUGGGUAUUGAGUUCUUUGUGCAAGCAAAGGCAGCUUUGCUGCCGCAUCUGGGUGGGCUAAUGUUGCUGCAUGAAGAAUACCCUUGCUUCAUCUCGAGUGUGGCUAACCCUCCAGCAAAGAAUCGAGGAACAUCUGGUGCGAUGUUGUCAGCCUUGCAGGUAAAGCAUGGGCUGAGACGAGAAGUAUGCAGACCUCAUGCCAGCCGAACUGCCAAAGGAACUCCACCAAGGAGAACAACAGACCACAAGAUCGAGUUGGUGCCGGUGGUGAAGGCACCAGCCCAAGCACCCUAUCGCAUGAGUCCCUUGGAGCUGGGGGAGCUGCGCAAGCAAUUGACUGAGCUGCUGGAUGCCGACAUGAUCCAGCCUUCCAAAGCACCUUAUGGAGCCCCGAUGCUGUUUCAAAGGAAGAAGGAUGGCUCGCUGCGCAUGUGCAUAGAUUACAGGGCCCUGAAUAAGGUAACGGUGAAGAAUAAGUACCCUAUCCCCCUUGCGGCUGACCUCUUUGACAGAUUGGCCAAGGCAACAUUCUUCACCAAGCUGGACCUAUGCACCGGAUAUUGGCAGGUUCACAUCGCGGAAGGAGAUGAAGGGAAGACCACCUGUGUAACUCGUUAUGGAGCUUUUGAGUUCCUUGUAAUGCCCUUCGGGCUGACGAAUGUGCCAGCCACUUUCUGCAACCUUAUGAAUGAGGUUUUUUAUGACUACCUUGAUGAGUUUGUGGUCGUUUAUCUUGACGAUAUUGUCAUUUACAGUGAGUCAUUGGAGGAUCAUUUGAUUCACUUGGAGAAGGCACUUUCACGGUUGAGACAGCACCAACUCUAUGUCAAAUGUGAGAAGUGCGAGUUUGCCAAGCAAGAGAUAAGCUUCCUUGGGCACAAGAUUGGACAUGGUCAAGUGCGCAUGGAUGAGGCCAAGGGAUAUGCCAAGAAGACAGCCCCUUUGACAGAUCUGUUGAAGAAGGAUAGGCCUUGGACAUGGAUGCAUGCAUGCCAAGAAGCCUUUGACAAGGUGAAGAAGGCUAUGGCGUUCGAACCGGUUUUGUUGCUGCCUAACUUCGAGAAGCCCUUCGAAGUAGUCACGGAUGCAAGUGAUCGAGCACUAGGAGGAGUGCUAAUCCAAGAUGGGCAUCCAGUGGCCUUUGAGAGCAGAAAACUCAAAGAAGCUGAAGGAAGAUACUCUACACACGAGAAGGAAAUGCUGGCGGUUGUCCAUUGCUUACGGGUAUGGCGAGUGUACCUGCUGGGCAGCCACUUCAUCAGGAAGACCGACAAUGUCGUCAACACUUUCUUCCAGACGCAGCGCAAACUUUCUGCCAGGCAGGCGCGCUGGCAAGAGCUGCUGGCGGAGUAUGACUUUGCUUGGGAGCAUCGGCAUGGUAGGCAAAACCAGGUGGCCGAUGCAUUGAGUCGGCCCAAACUGAAGAGGUAA